UGUUGGCUAGCAAGAGUUGGCUAGGUAGCUAACGAUAGCCAGUAAUGUAUCUUAGAAUAGCCGAGUGGUGCGCUUUGAAAUCGCCAGAGGUUUAGUAUGCCAUCACCAGGGUGCAUUUUGUCCACAACUGAAAUGCAGCCCAUCAUAGUUAGCUGAUAGAGAGAUGACUAAACUGAAUAGCCAACGUUUGCUAACUAGUUAGACUACGUGUACGAAUGAGGCAACAACACCAUGACGUCAGGAAAUCCCAACAUUGAUGAGAAGGUGCUGCAGUACGAAACGUUUAUCAACGAGGUGUUGAGGCGAGAUUUACAGAGAGUGUUGGAGCAGAGAGACGCUGUUUAUGAGAAGAUUUCUCAGUAUCUGCAGCUAAAGAACGUCAUUGAAAGCCUACAGGAAUCUGGAAGCAAGGAGCUCAAAACUGAAGUAGACCUGGGGUGUAAUUUCUAUGUACAAGCUCACGUGGAAGACUCGUCCAAGAUCUUUGUUGCUAUUGGCUAUGGCUUUUACGUGGAGCUCACACUGCCAGAGGCUCUGAAGUUCAUUGAGAAGAAAACAACCCAGCUGACCACAUAUACGGAAGCAUUGACCAAAGACUCAGCAAAAAUCAAAGCCAAUAUUCGCAUGGUAUUGGAGGGCUUAAGAGAGCUUCAGGGUCUGAAAGAUCUGCCAGAAGAAAUGAGGAGAGAGGUGUUGUAAAUCAUACAUUUAGACCUUCUCUGAGUUCAAGAAGAUGGCCUUUGUAUUGUUCUUCUACAUGGUUGUAACAUAUCAGGUUCAUAUCUCACUCUGUAAGUUUUAAACAUGAUAUUUUUGCACAGAGAAAUGGGAGCUGAAGCGAACUUGCCUUGAAGGCAGGUUGAAUGUUUUUUUCCAAGACACCCUUCUGAGUAAACUGGGCAACAGGUUUUCAGACAUAUCUGGCAUCAUGUUUCUUUAUUUGACAUGACUAGUGUGGAUAUUUAUUCUCAUUUCUCCACAAUACUGAGUACUGUUGUUAAGUUGAUUUGAUGAAGAUGAGAACGGAUUACGGCAAGUAGAAUUUCAAAGCAUAGAAUAGUGUGAAUAUAAGAAUUAAAAAAAACUAUGCACCUAGUCAUAUUUGGAGUCACAGUUCAUUCCAUGUUGCUGGUCACAGUCAUUGCUUAUGUAUUUCUGAAGGAGAACAUUUUUUUCUUUAUCAGAAUGCAGCCCAUCUAAAUAAACUUUAACUACCUGUUUAAUAUGAGCUAACAAUUUCUGUUUCACUUAUGCCUCAACUGAGGAAGAAAAAACUUACAAAAAUCAAGUGUAUUGCUCUUAUGAGGUGUAACUUAAACGAGUUCAGAGGAAUAGUUAUUCAAGGGGCAGCUAUAAGACUUUGUGUAGACUAUUGUUCAUGAUAAUGAAACAA